CAGAGGCCGCUAGAGGGCGCGGCGCCAGAGAGCUAAUGGGGCGGUAGGGCUGCGCGAUCCACACUUCCUCCCCGCCGCUUUGGCUGUGCCUUCCACCUGGAGGGAGAGAGAGAGAGGGAGGUGGGCGGCCUCCAGGGGCCCUUCUUCGGAAAGCCAGAGCCUUCCUUCCAGGGCCAGCUGCAGCCAUGUCCAAGCCGCCCCCGAAGCCGGCCAAACCAGGGCAGGUCAAAGUUUUCAGAGCCCUGUAUACAUUUGAACCUAGAACGCCAGAUGAGCUGUAUUUUGAAGAAGGAGAUAUCAUCUACAUUUCUGAUAUGAGUGAUACAAAUUGGUGGAAGGGGACCUGUAAAGGACGGACUGGACUAAUUCCCAGCAACUAUGUGGCUGAACAAGCAGAAUCCAUUGACAACCCACUACAUGAAGCUGCCAAGAGAGGAAACUUGAGCUGGCUGAGGGAAUGUUUGGAUAACAGAGUUGGUGUCAAUGGUUUAGACAAAGCUGGAAGUACAGCAUUGUACUGGGCUAGCCAUGCUGGACACAAAGACAUAGUGGAAGUCUUACUGGUGCAGCCAAAUGUAGAACUAAACCAACAGAAUAAGCUGGGAGACACUGCAUUACAUGCUGCUGCAUGGAAAGGCUAUGCAGAUAUUGUAGAAACACUCCUGGCAAAAGGUGCCAGAACAGAUUUAAGAAACAAUGAGAAAAAAUUGGCCCUGGAUAUGGCUACUGAUGCAAUGUGUGCUUCCCUGCUUAAAAAGAAACAAGGGCAAGAUAUAAUGCGAACAUUAAGCAAUGCAGAAGAGUACCUUGAUGAUGAAGACUCUGACUGAAUUUCCUUAAUACUGUUUUGAAAAAUGUACAACCUCUGUUGCCUCCAUAUUCCUCAAAUGCCUUGCUUCUGUAACUACAAAAUGUACUUUUAACAUAUACCCUAAUGAAGUGUUACAAUAAUUUAAAUAAGAGAUUCCUUCCACCAGGUAAAAUAACUACCAUGUCUUAAGAACCAUGAAUUCUUUAAUUGCUUUUAAAUAAUUUUUCUAAGCAAGAGUGUAUGAAUGAUGGAUUUUUCCUUACAUUUCCUGUUAUAUUGAAUAUAGGCAUAGCCCUUUAAAACACAAAUACAAUUUCGGAUAUGUAUAUAUUUAUAUAUAUAAACCUACUUGAAAGGUUAAUAGCCAUCUUAAACCUAUCUGCCAUGAUCAGCUUUAUUUGCAGAGUGAAGUAUCUUAGCAGAAUGGUUGAUAUUUAUCAUAUUUCAUCUUCACACUUUUAUCUCUUGCUUUUUCUGUCUAUCAUUCCCUCUCCCACCUUCAUAUGAAGGCACUGUGAGCUCAAAUUUGGAUAUUGGGGAGGAAAAUAUUUUAUGUAAGGAAAAUACUUCUAAAGUGAAAUGGAGCAGAUGCUGUCCCCUUCUGUCAGCUAAUACUUUCUGUAUAAUACUUGAACAUUAUAUUGCUGUAGAUAAUUCACAGCAAGAACAGGUAGUGUGCAUAAAACAGUCAUGGCCAGAAUUUAGGGAAGCAUGAAAAGUUGGUUACUUCAUCAUCCAUCACAGGAAGCCACAAAUGUCUCUGUCCAUCAGUUGUAUAGAGGAUAAUGGGAAGUUUCCUCCAUUGUGAAAUGAAAAUGGUUUUAGAAACAAGCUGUGUUUUCUCAGCCCCAGUCUUUUUCCUGCAGUUGUCACCUCUAGGGCCAAGCAGACCAAAGCAUCUCCCAACUGUUAGUAUGGGAGGGGUUUGCCCCAGCAUAUAUCACUCUUCCCCAGGAAUUUCACUCUGUCUCUAUCUUUAUGUACAGGUGCCUGCCUCACACAACAGAAUAGUAAGGAUGGCAAACACAGCACUACCACUCAAGGAGCCAUGGCAUUCCCUCUUGGCCCACAGUACUUGGUUCUAAGAAAGAACACCUCAGAGACAGAUGUUUGGAUCUGUCAGCUUCUGUGGAGAGCAGUGCCUGUUGCUUUGUAUAGAGCUGAUUUGCCAUCUCUCUGCCUCGCUCUCAGAAUGGGACAGGAAAGGAUUCAGAGGCAGGGGUGGAGAAGGGAAUGCUGGCUGGACAAAUCGGAAGAGGGUGGUAACUUGGGUAGCUACUGCAAAAUACAAAAGUGCUCUCUGUGUGUGGAUCUCAAUCUUUGUCUCCAAUUUGCAGGAAUUCUGAGAGUUGAAGUCCAAAACCUCUGGAGAACCAGAAGUUGAAAAUUACUAUAUAGCUCUCAAUCAAUCAAUCAAUCUGAAUCUCAUAUUAGCAAAGAGAAGUUAAAAUUAGUGAGUGAGUUAUUAUUGAUUUUCUUUUCUCUAAACUUCUUAGAUUAGUGGUCCUCAGUGUUUGGUCCUCCGGCAACUUUGAAUCUCAGUUCCCAGAAACAGCAGCCACCAUGCCCCAUGAUGAUGGAUUCUUGGGAAUCUAAAACAGUUGGAGAACCAUAGGUUGAGAACUCAUGCCUUAGAUCAGGGGUAGGCAACCUUUUUGAGCCGGGGGCCGGGUAGCUGUCCCUCAGACAACUGGGGGGCCGAAGCCAAAAAAAAAAAAAAAAUUAAAAAAUUAAAUAAAUUAAAUAAAUAAAUAAAC